AUGCUCGAGUCACCUGCCAUCGCCGAGAACGUAGUCUCACUUCUCCUGUCGAUGCUGCUUCGGAAAAAGCAAGUACCAAUGCCACUGAAAGAGGUUCUUCUCAGCACUUCGCAGCCCGUGCUUGCCAUGCGCGCCUUUGAGCAUGCCAAUCGCGGAGUUUCACCGGCGGCGCAGGCUACUAUACACCAUUCUCGAAAGCAAAAGGUAUCUCAGCCGGACUCACCCCGCGCUGUUGAUCUCCUCGCGGAUGUUCCGGGAUUCAGCCGCCCAUUCGAGGUUGCUCCUGCUGGCACUCAGUUUGUGAUUCUGACAGCAGGGCGUUCGCCGACGCCACCAGUCAGCGAGAAUACAGUGUGCUUACCUUUCUCGCUGCUCGACAUUGCGCAAUUUCAUCGAGCAAGGCACCGCGAGCGACUGCCUUCCCUGGCCGUGUCGAGCAGCAGAGUGACCCCCAUAGCAUUGUUGGAAGGGGCACAGCGCGAGUCAACAAUGAGGAGCAGUUUUGAGCUCUACUGUCGUCCCGCAAGCAAGGAUUUGAUGGUUGUAGACAUUCCCGCCGAUGUGACUGUCGACGCUUACCUUUGGGAAGCCCUACUUGCCGCCGAGACGAUGUUGGAGGCCGACGGCGUACUCCUUGUCGUGUCGCCGCACACAUUUUCAGCACGUGUGCGAAAUUUUUUGCAGUGGCGCUUCUGCCGCACACAGUACGGUGUCAGUAAGGUGUGUGCCGCGCAUUACGCUGUGUGUUCUGCUGUGGCAACCGACUUCGGAGACGCUGCCGUGCGGCGUGACGACUUCCCAGGAAGGCUUGCUGUCGGAAAGCGACGGCCUCGCAAGUGGAAUCCCUAUCGGCGAUCGGAAGAGCGGAAAUUCGUGAUGUCGCUCCAGCCAGGGUUUACAAAUGCCCCACUCACUCAAAGCGCCUUGCGGUGCAAUGUCGAGCGCGAGCGGGAUGCUCAGGAGAGACUUCGCGACGCCGAUGAGGCCUUCUUUGCCGUAGCCCAUGAAAUGGUGGAAAAGAGGGCACACUACUCGUACCCCAAUGACUAA